AGAACGUGAAAGCUCUAUAGUCUGAUGUUAUAUCACAGGCGCACAAGUGAACAGAAUUGUGAAAGUGAUCUAGAGUUUCCUCCGCGUGGAUUGUAGCGUAAAAUGACCCAACGAUAUUUUUUGUCAUAAAAAUUAUGAUAUGGCAUCUUUCAAAGCAGUUACUCCAAGACUGCGAGCCGGGAGAGCGUCAAAAAGAGUGGACGAACGAACAGCAAUGUCCACUCAAAGUCUAUUUGAGAGACUGCCACCUGAGAUUCUGGUGAAGAUUCUAUCCCACCUGGAUGCCUCUGCACUUCUCAGCUUAAGCCACACCAAUAAGCUGUUUCAUCAGCUUGCCAGUAAUAAUGCUCUGUGGAAGAAGCUUUACAUCACUGAUCUUGGCAACAAUAAAAGGCAAAAAACAAAGAGUGAGAAGGUCCAGCUUUUACCUAAGAAGACUGGUGAUGAUCCUGUGGGCUACUGGAAACAGCUGUAUUUUAAGACAGUGGCACAUCGUGACAUGAAAAAGUGGAAAUCUCUUCUUGGAGCCGUCAGCAGCCAUACUGGUCUGCCGAGCCAAACAGAGCAAGCCCUCAGAAACCUGAAUGUCACUUGGGAACUGACCAUCACUGAUAUGUCUGGAUGUGAGAGUACAUUGGAGCUGAGUUGGUCCCACUUCUCAGAAACCUCAGUGACACUGUGCUGGUGUGGUGGAAACUUCUUGCCCGACUACAAGCAGGUUUCCAGCCUUGAACUUCACGGUGUCAGGAGGAUUGCCCUCUGCCGCUCUGGCUUAAAGAAACCCAACAGGAAAUCCCUGAUGGCAAAGAUGGAUAUGCAGUUACUAACUAAAAGCCCACAGGUUAUUGGACAGGACCAAAUUUUGCAAUUGGAAUUGCUACAGCCUGGGAUCAUCUUUGGUCUUUGGAAGGGCCAGAGGUCUGUAGCCUUCAUUAUGUUUACCCUCCACUUCUACAAACUGGUGGAGAGGAGCAUUCAAGGAUCUUCAGAUUGUUACUAUGUAGAGCCCAUCAUCCAAGCCCCUUUUGAUGACAUAGACCCUGAAUAUGGUCUCCAUGGUUACCAACUACACAUUGUUCUCCACAACGCUGAAUGCAAAUUCAUGUCUGAAAGCUUUUCCCAGCUCUUUUGUCGCAGAGCUGACAUCUCUGAUGGAUUCAUCCAGCUCACUGCCAUUAGCAGAACAGGCUUCUCACAACACAUCCAGCUGUCAGGGAAUCUCACCCUGCCCUGGCGGUGUGAGGCAUUGGAAGGCACAGUAGAGAAUUGCUGCAUCAUGUCUCUGACCCUGCUGGAUGAAUUCAGGCAACCGUUCAGUUGUGUCGCUUCUCCUGUUUCCGUGGAACUGGAGAAGGCGGCUGUGUCUUAUGACUAUGAUGGUGAACACUAUCUCAUCCGAUAUGAGAGCUCAGACAUUCAGGUGAAGAUGCAGCUUGUAAAGACGAAGAAGAAAAAGCAGCUUGUCAUAAGUUUGAUUGUAUAUGUCAGUGUCUGUUUUGUCAACAAGCAUUUUAGAAGAGAUUACUGAUGUGUUUCUCUGCUGUUUUGUACUGACGGAAUUUUACAGCCAUUGUGGAUAUCGUUUAAAAUCUCCUUUCAUUAAAACAUUGAUGUUUAAAGAC